AUGUUCCUAGCCGAACUUAGUUUCUCAAGAGUGUUUCAUUCCGGGGCAACCAAGUGGUGCGAGUCGCGCAGUUCACGCCAACUUGAGCUGCAGACGACGAGGAGCACCAACGGGUGGUUGUGUCCCAGUUCAGGGCGUCAUUUGUUCCGGCAACAUCGCACUGGCCUACGUGCAUCGCAGCAAGGUGUCGAGGAAGGCUCGUCGUCGCGGCCCUCGCAGGCGCCGUCACCGUUACCGGCACCGAGCUUACCUGCGGAGCACUUUUCGAAUCAGGCACAAAGUAUGCGUUCUUCGCGGGGUGGACCGCUCUACCCCGAAGGCGAGUACGAUGUCAUAGUCAUCGGUGCUGGGCACUCCGGCUGCGAAGCGGCACUUGCCUCUGCUCGUUUAGGAGCGCGCACGCUCCUCUUGACCCUGAAUCUGGACCGUAUCGCCUGGCAACCUUGUAAUCCAGCGGUUGGCGGACCAGCAAAAUCGACGCUCGUUCAUGAAGUCGACGCUCUUGGUGGAUGGAUCGGCAAGAUCGCCGAUCGAACGUAUCUGCAGCGGCGUGUCCUGAACCGUGGCAAGGGUCCAGCGGUAUGGGCGCUGCGUGCACAAACGGACAAGCGAGAGUAUUCAGCGGAGAUGCGUCGAGUUCUGGAGGAAGCUGAAAACCUCGAGAUUCGUGAAGGAAUGGUCUACGAUUUGGCUCUGGGUCCAAAUGGUGAAGUCGUGGGCGUGGAGACGUAUUUUGGGGGCGCAUUCCGGGCACGUGCGGUGGUCUUAACAACGGGGACGUUUCUUGGCGGCACGAUCUGGGUAGGCAACAAGUCCAUGCCUGCGGGUCGCGCAGGCGAGCCGGCAUCGUUCGGGCUCACAGAGACUUUGCAGCGAAUGGGAUUUGAGACAGGUCGCUUGAAGACGGGAACGCCGCCGCGUGUCGACGGCCGAACCAUCGACUAUACGGUUAUGGAACCGCAACCAUCCGAUCCUGAGGAUCAUUGGUUCAGCUUCGACCCCGCCGAAUGGAACCCCCGGAGCGACACGAUGCCGUGCUAUUUGACGCGAACGACGGCGGAGACCCACCGUAUUAUUCGUGAGAACCUCCAUUUAACUCCCAAGUAUGGUGGCUUCAUGUGCUCAACAGGGCCGAGGUACUGUCCAAGCAUCGAGGAUAAGAUCGUUCGCUUCGCAGAGAAAGAAAGCCAUCAGAUUUUCAUCGAGCCAGAGGGUCGCACCAUUCCCGAAGUCUACGUGCAGGGCUUCUCCACCGGCAUGCCGGAAUCGAUUCAGCUUGCGAUGCUUCAGUCCAUACCUGGCCUUGAGCGAUGCCGAAUGGUCCGACCCGCGUACUCCGUUGAUUACGACUACCUUCCGGGAUGGCAGGUGUAUCACACACUGCACAGCAAGAAGAUCGAGGGGCUCUUCCUCGCUGGGCAGGUGCUCGGGACGACCGGCUACGAGGAGGCUGCGGCGCAGGGGAUCAUUGCUGGCGUGAACGCCGCGCAGUUUGCCAAGCGGGGCAGUGACGCUGACCUCGUCAUGCUGGAUCGCGAAGACUCGUUUCUUGGGGUGAUGAUCGAUGAUCUCUGCACAAAAGAGCUCGAUGAACCGUAUCGCGUGCUUACCUCUCGAUCUGAAUAUCGGCUGCUCCUGCGCGCAGAUAAUGCCGACGAACGAAUGACGCCGCUGGGUCGAAGUAUCGGCCUCAUUGACGAUCGUCGCUGGAAUAUCUUCCAAGAGAAGCUGAAACGCAUUGAGCGCCAACGGAUGCGGCUGGAAACGACAAUGCUUCGCGGCGACAGCGAAGAGGCACUUCUCAUUCAGCAACAAUGUGAUGUCGGAAAGAUCGCAGCGAAUGUUUCGCUGGCAGAUCUGCUUCGUCGGCCACGGUUGAGUCUCAGUGUGCUGAAGCAAGUUGGUGUGCUUGCGGAUUCCGAACCCAACAUGACGGUCUUCGACUGGGAGACACUGGAGACUCGCAUCAAAUACCAAGGAUAUAUUGACCAGCAGCAAGAGACUGUUCGCCGAAUCAAGGCGGAAUAUGGACGAAAGAUCCCUGAUGAUAUUGAUUACUACUCGAUCACGCAGCUCAGCCGCGAAAGCAUGGAUCGAUUGAGCAAGAUUCGCCCGGCAACGCUGGGUCAGGCGACGCAGGUAGGUGGCGUCAAGCCCGCCGAUAUCCUCAUCCUUCUGGUAUGGCUGGAGCGCGAACGACGCCGAGCAGCAGAGACAGCAUCUGUUGGCAAGAGAGGCAUCACGGAACCAGAUGCCGCUUCCGCUACACGAGAUGCCGCGGCGACGGACGGCGGAGAACGGAUCAGCACCAUUCAGUCAAUGCAGGUGGGCGCCUCACCUCCCUGA